CGUCUCCCCGCUUCGAUCAUCCAUGUCUUUUUUUUUUUUCGAGGGUCCCUCAUCCACAGGUGGCUGCUUAGUUCGUCCACAGCAUCUUCUUGAUCGUUGUCUACAAUUUUAAAACCUGACCUUGCCUCGGACCUGAACUUCGAUUGUGACUUGCAAUGACUAGAGAACGAUCGGUCUAUCGCAACAUACAUUUCUAUGACGGGAGAACCAAAAAACAGGUGGGAGGCCUCUAUCAGGCAGGCUCUCUGACUGAAAAAAAUAUACUUUGGAUGCUUGGAAAUGUUCUUCUUAUUGUCGAGGAACCCUGGACUCUCAUACACCGGGAUUCUGGUCGGAUUGUCGGGCCAUCAGACAAUCCAGCAAGUCAUGGUAACUAUGAUAUUCACAGUAGUGGAUCAAUAAGUGUAACUGAUGAACUAUGGAUUCCGCGAUUGGCCAGUCAUCCUAUCUCUGGUCGAGAAAGUUCUUUCACCCGCGGUGUCCGAGCAAGAGACGGCAAAUGUGUCAUAUCUGGAGUGCCCAACCCAUUGUCCGGGGCUGGCAUAUGGGCUGCCUACCAAGCAGCACAUGUAUUCCCACUUCAGUAUGGGAAUAUUUGGAGCGCAAAUGGCUUUGCACAUUGGAUCACAAACAUGCCAAAUACUGAUGGAAGCUCCACCAUGAACUCUGUUCAGAAUGGGCUCCUGAUGUUCGCUCACAUUCACUCACUCUUCGACCAGUAUCUAUUUUCUAUCAAUCCCGAUGAUGGGUACAAGAUUAUCUCAUUUCAACCAGAUUUCACGAACAUAGAUGGCAAAAUCCUUGACUUUGUCUGUCGUGAUCCGAAUAAUCCUGAUCAUGUAGCCGAUGAGGUGCUACGAUGGCACUUCCGGCAAGCCGUACUCGGUAAUAUGCGAGGUGCGGGGGAGCCAGUUUUUGAGACAGAUUUUCCUCCUGGUUCAGACUUAAUGGAAACAUUACGCAAGGAACCCUAUGGCAAAGAGAGGUUUGAAAUGGAGCUCUACCGCAGACUGGAUGUGAUUAAGAAUCAGGAGGCCUUGUCUUAGCUAUAGCCUUGUAACGAGGUUAGAAUCUAUCAUGGUGUAGGCGGAGGUUGUUGAAGAGCUUUCUGAACUGAUGCGACUUUCAGAUUCCCUCUCGAGUUGUGGUGUCUGUCCUUCCUGUGCGCUUUCUGUUCGUCAAGCUUCUCAAUUAUCUCUUCCUGUGUAUUUUAGUCAGACUUUCCACAUGUAUUAUUUGUUUUUCUACUCGUUAUCAAUAUUAAUUUAGCUGUUUGAGGA